GGGCACCUCCACCCGCACCCUUCUUCGAGCCGCACGGACUGAGGCCUUGAGCUGGAAACGCCGCCCCCCCGGGCGGCGAGCGGCGGGGGAGCCGGGGAGAGCCGCCCCGAGCGCCCGGAGCCCGCGGGGAGCCGAGCGGCGGGCGCCCGCAGCUCCGGGAUGCCCGGCGGCCCUGCAGCAGACCUCGCCGCGCAGCCGCGCCGGGGGCCCCGGGGAAAGCGGCCGAUAGCCGAGGGAGGCCGCGGCCGCCGGGGUGCCGGCGAAAAUCUUGGAAAAUGUAUGCAAGUCAUGAAGAUAUUGGGUAUGAUUUUGAAGAUGACCCCAAAGAUAAGAAGACCCUUCGAGCCCACCCACACGUCGACGGCGGAUGGGCGUGGAUGGUGGUGCUUUCCUCCUUCUUUGUGCACAUCCUCAUCAUGGGCUCACAGAUGGCCCUGGGGGUCCUCAACGUGGAGUGGCUGGAGGAGUUCCACCAGAGCCGCGGCCUGACCGCGUGGGUCAGCUCCCUGAGCAUGGGCCUCACCUUGAUUGUGGGACCUUUCAUCGGCUUAUUUAUUAACACCUGUGGGUGCCGCCAGACCGCAAUGAUCGGAGGGCUGGUGAACUCGCUGGGCUGGGUCCUGAGUGCCUAUGCCGCAAACGUGCACUAUCUCUUUAUUACCUUCGGAGUGGCAGCGGGCUUCGGCAGCGGGAUGGCCUACCUGCCGGCCGUGGUCAUGGUGGGCAGGUACUUUCAGAAGAGACGCGCCCUCGCGCAGGGCCUGAGCACCACCGGGACGGGGUUUGGCACGUUCCUCAUGACAGUUCUGCUGAAGUACCUGUGCGCCGAGUACGGGUGGCGAAACGCGAUGUUCAUCCAAGGCGCCGUUUCCUUAAACCUGUGCGUGUGUGGGGCGCUCAUGCGGCCCCUCUCAACUGGCAACGGCGCCCCCGACCCCGGGGGCCAAGAUCCGCAGGCGCCCCCGGCUCGCUCACCCGACUCCAAGGGUGGAGCCGGGGAGCCUGCGGGCGGGCCUGAGACCCCGGGCAGCCUCGGGGACCUUCCCGCCCAGGCGGGCCCCGAGGCCGGGCUCGGAAGGGACCUGUGCGCCCUGCGGGUCCUGAAGACGGCGAGCCGGCUCACCCUGAGGGUCAGGAAGGGCUUCCGGGACUGGCACUCGGGCUAUUUUGGGACAGCCUCGCUCUUUACCAAUCGAAUGUUCGUCGCCUUUAUUUUCUGGGCUUUGUUUGCAUACAGCAGCUUUGUCAUUCCUUUCAUUCACCUUCCAGAAAUAGUCAAUUUAUAUAAUUUAUCCGAGCAAAACGAUGCUUUCCCUCUGACUUCAAUUAUAGCAAUAGUUCAUAUCUUUGGAAAAGUGAUUCUGGGCGUUGUGGCCGACUUACCGUGCAUCAGCGUUUGGAAUGUCUUCCUGAUGGCCAACUUCACCCUCGUCCUCAGCAUUUUUAUUCUGCCCUUGAUGCACACGUAUGCUGGCCUGGCUGUCAUCUGUGCACUGAUAGGAUUUUCCAGCGGUUAUUUCUCCCUGAUGCCCGUGGUGACUGAAGACCUGGUGGGGAUUGAGCACCUGGCCAAUGCCUACGGCAUCAUCAUCUGUGCCAACGGCAUCUCAGCGUUGCUGGGACCACCUUUUGCAGCCUCCCUACAGAUCGUACAGUCAUCUCCUGUCCGAGGGCCCCACCAGCAGAGGGCCUGUGUCAACACACCCAGUUUUAAGCACCCCUCGGAAUUUGAAGUUCGAGAGAUCAGGAGUUUUGCUUAUAUAGCUGACACCGGCAGCUGGCUGACUAAAAGUUUAAAGCCUAAGAAUCACUUCAUGAAACCCAGUCGCUACAAAUGGGGCUCCUCUGGAUCAAGCUGCUCCUGGUCCCUGCCUGUGCACAGGAUGCAGAUGCAGCAUUUCUGGGUGACAGUGAGUAACUAUAGUGCUACAGCAAACCACAUCGGCAGCUGAAAAGUCAGAUCUUGCUCUCAUCUCAUUCUGUAGAAUUCUCUCUCAGGAAUGCAUUUGGCUAUAAGAGAGCAACCCACCAGUGGUGGCUUAUACAGAUUUAGUUGUGUCACAUAACCAGAAAUCUAUAGUUCGGGGACUGGAAGAGAUAGGAAUGGCAUCUCCGAGAUCCUAUCGGUCUUUUCCUCAUGCUGGUGCCUCAUAGUGGCACAAUGGCUGCUGUAGUUCCAGCCCCUACAUUCUCAUUCACAUUGAGGAGGAGGAAGGGAGGAAAGGCUCAGUCCCAGCAGACUUCCACUUGCAUCUGAUUGACCAGAACCGUAUCACACAGUUUGUCCAAGCUUCAAGGGGAACUGAGAACUGGAGUAUUUUGCUUUCCAGCUUCUGUGCUAAAGGAAAAGAGAAAAGAACUGGGAUUGGGGGUUUGGCUCAGUCAACCAGUGGUAUCUUCCAGAGAUAUUAAACUGAAAUAUCUAUGAAGGGGGUGGAGGCAUGGUCAUUGGCUCAUGCACCCUCUUGUUGGAGGUCCUUCAGAUGUAUUAUAUGUGGAAGUAGAAGCUGUGAUUGGUAGUUCUCUGCAUGACCUGGAGGUGCUUUCUGCUUCUCAUGGUCAUUCUGGGGCUAUUUUUAUACCGACCCAUCAGAUUUCAAUAGCAGCAUCAUAACACCACUGGAAGUGUGGUACCAGUAUUCAUGAUCAAUGUUAAUAAAAGCGCCAAAGUUUGCCAGCAUGGUUUGCUUCUCCUGUUUCUAUGGUCAUGUCCUUCUCACCCAUUUGCAUUCUAGUGCAUUGCUUAAGUGGAAGAGAAAGGCCUUAGAGCUAGGAGCAGGGAGGUAUAGCCGGCCAGUCCUCAGGAUCUCUGCCUGCCUCAAGCUUCCUCCCUUAAAGUGGAUUCUGUAGGUGAAUGUGGCACUCCAGGGGUGGUAGACACUAUUGUAUUAAUGGUUAAGAACCUUCUCUGAAUGCAUGUCAAAUGCUACUGGGGGCUCUAAAAUCAGUGUUCUGAUGUGCAUUUCUAGGCUAGCAACGUAAGGGGGCCUUUUCUUCUUUUUAUUGGUUUGUUUCCUCUCCCACUGAAGAAUACUGAACAACAUGAUUGGCUAACUGCACUGCGUUUAUUAAUUCAUUGACUUUCCAGGCCAAUGAGCCAACAUUGCAAUGAGAUGCAAGCCCAGCUUUUAUGCAUCUUAGUUCAGAAGUGACUGUCAAUAUGAGUGACUAAAUAACCACAUUAAAUUCAUACUAGAAAUUCCAGGUGGGCUGGAAAUUAUUGCUCAGCUGCAUUUGCUACAAGGAAAAUUACUGUUCACAUUAUGUUUUUAAUGGGUUUAGAAAUGAAUGAGUUUUCCAUUUUUCAAAGUGGUGUCUACUGGCAUUCAAAAAAUCUGGUACAAUUUAGUAGCAAGUUAGACAAUCACACAUUUCCAUUUAGGAGAAGAGUAUACAAUCAGAAGUAUAGAACAGACAUUUCAACUGUGUCAUUUAGCAACAUGAACUUCUUGAUCUAACUUAUUUAUAAUAUUGCUAAACAUUCAGUCCCUCUCGUUUAAAGAUGUACUAAUAGUAGGUACCUUUCUAUGUUUCCAGUGUAAAAUACUACAAAACUUCGCCAGCAGAUUUGACUGACCAAGAAUCUACACAUAUGUCCCCUAUUUAUGUAAAAUAUAAUACCUUAACAACAAUUUGCAAUGGUUUUCAUCAAGAGAUGGAAACACUUAUUUAAUAAGGAUGAAAAACAGCUAUCAAUUCUCAUUUGAUAGACUCAAAUGAAAAAGGAAUACAAUUUAAUAGGGAACCAGAUUUUAUUUGGAAGCUGCUCAUUUGAACCGAUAUGGAUCCGGGUUGCCAAGGAUCUCAGGCUCUAAACCAAGGAACAGCGAUCAGACCUGUAGGGAGAGGUGGCGAGGGAUGAAUGGGCCAGGCAGCUUGUUGGAAAUGUCUUUCCCUGAAGAGUUGUGUCCACAUGUGCUGAGAAUCAGAGCACAUGGUCAAAUACCACCUCUCCUGACCUGCUUUGUAUCUGAUAUUGGACUGGGUUGAGUUCUAACUAGUGGAAAUACUAAAACAGUUGCCAAAGAAAGAUGGCAGAAUCCAGUGUCAUUUAAAAAUAAAUCCUAAUGGUAGAUUGGAGAAACCUGUCAGAUUAAUUUAACAUAAAAUUUAGGACUACCUCUCCAGUUUGUACUGUUAAAUCAUUUGAUGAAGUUGGGUGUGUUUUUAAAAAACUGACAUAAGAAUUACUUUUAAAGAUUGGUAGAUGUGGACACUUUUACAAACAAUCAUACUUUUAGGGGAAAGAUGAAAUUUUAGAAUAUAAUGGGUUCAAUUUAGGAUUGUAACUAUGUAGUGCUUUGCAUUUUCUAGAGUUUACAGAAACAAGAGGGAGGAUGAAGCAAAGGGAAAGAGGUGCUAGGGCGUUCUAUGGGUGAUAGUUUUUAUUACUAUCCCCCCACAGAAAGAGGAAAGAUACACAUACAAACAAGGAACCAAGAGAAAUGUGUUCAAAACUCAAAAGCAUUCAGAAUGGCUUGUGCUCAUGGUUAAGCUUGGAGUAGAAGGGGAUAGAGUUAGGUGAGGACCAUAUCCUAGAGCCCUGGAGCUUAUUUAUAUUCAACCACUUCAAACAAAGUAAAUGAAUAGUCUGAACUAAAUACAAAUUAAUUUUCCACUCAGUUAGGAUUUUGUCCGAUUCCUAAGGUCUUUGUUAGGUUAUAAUUGUUCCAGUUAUGGGUAUUUAUUAUUUAGAGCCGUCAUUUUUAUGCUCAAUCACUUGAUCAUGUGAAAAGCGCAGAUUUACAAUGACAAGGUCAGCUUUUGAAUGGGAUGAGUGGAGUAUGAGGACCUCAUUUAUAUUUAUUGCUUUUCUUUUUAAACCACCACUUUCAGAUAGUCCCAUGAUAUCCUCGGCUCAUAGAUAUAACUCUAGAAAAGACUCUAGAUUCUGCCUUCUCUGCAAGUGAGUCAUUCAUUUCCUCAUAACUCACAGUGGCCCACAAUUGACAAUUGUGGACACUAAGUGUAAGUUGGGUGCAUUUUUGUUCAUAUGACAGUGUCAAUGUGCCUUCCUGAUUUAAUUCUGAAGCCAAUCACUGUUUUGGGGUUCUAUGCAUAAGCUUACUUGUCCCUCAUGUCUCAAGAUAUUAAGAGAUAAAGAAAAGAUGACAGAGCAUUUUACUGAGCUGCACCUCAAGAGUCUGAUAUUUUCUUCUUUAUGUUUAUAUCACAUAAACUCAAAAAACUUGGUUGACAUUUAAAGUGUAUCCAGAAUUCAGAGCUUUUGGGUGGUUCCAAAGAACUUUUCAUUUUUAAUGUCAUUAAGUGUUUGUUUUCCUUUAUGACUACCUUGACUCAUCCAGGAACAUUAAUUAUGCACUAGUUACAACAAACAAAGAAAUAUAAAUAACUGGCAGGAAGUCCGAGGUACUGGUUUACACCUUUAGUGUUGCUUUUGUGUAGCUAUUCGUUGGAAGAAGAGGAAGUUGCAUUCAUUUGCCAGUUAGGUAUUUUUUAAAAGAUAAUUUUGAAAGGUGGCCACGAAAUACUAUGUUUGGCCAUUAAAUCAUUUAUACUUUUAUGUCUUUGCUAAUUAAUGACUUAAUGGGAAAAAACAUUCAAAAUUUACAUUUUUGUUACCACAAGUAAAAUUCUUCUGUAUGCCUUAAUCCUCUCAGUUCACAUAGUUGGCUGUGUGGGGCCGUGACAGGUGACUGAUUGUUAGAUUUAAUCCCUGAAGUAUAAUCAUGCUUCAUAGUUUCUGAGACUUUUUUUUUCUCAUUUUAACAUCUCUGACAUUGGAAUACAUGUUACAAAUGCCAAAGAAAACACUGAGUCAUAUUUUAAUAUGACAAGGAUAUUUCUUAUUGAUACAUAAGAUAAUGAUACAUCAUAAUUCAUGGUAUCUUAGAAUCCAUGAAAUAUAGUAUUUACAAAGUGCUUAAUAAGGUUAUUAUAUGAAAACAUUAGAAUGCAAUAUUGAAAUAUUAUUUGAAAAGAACUGAUAACUUAGCAUUUAAAGCUGUAUUCUUGGCAGCUUAAAGUUUUAUGCAUAUAAACAUAUAGAUGUAAAUGUCAAUUUUAUACAACCUGGACAAUUUGAUUCUUUCUGGAACAAAUAUUUACCAUCAAAUACUUCAGAAAGAACGGAAGUUCGAAUGUCUUCUGCUCAGUGUCUUUUGAGACACACCAGAGAAUUCUUCAGAAGAAUUUUGAAGGUCUUAGAAGAGAUUUGUGGUUUUAUUUAUGAAAAAAGAAAAUCAUUAGAUUCACUUUUCUCUGCUGACUUUGUGCCAGCCUGAGUUACCCUGAGGGCUGUGAGCCAGAAGAUUGUGUGAGACGGCCAACUGCUUUCUGUGCCUUAAAAAUACUCUGGUGGCUUACAAGAGAAGUACAGCUGUUCCCAGGUACUGAGAACUCUGGCUUAUGUAGGCUGGACUUAAAAAUGGUGAAAUAAAACAUUUGGGGCAUUAAAUGACAUUCUAAGUAAAUUCCUAUAGAAAUAUUUAUAGUAGCAAUAAAUGCCUGCUUUGUGUUCUUGACUUUUAUCAACUAUGUACCACUGAAUAUAUUCUUUUUUGUU